UAAGCCUUUAAUUGUUUCCUCAGCAAAUGGCGGACGACGCCGGUGGUAGAGGAGGUUUUCGCGGAGGUUUCGGCGCUGGCGGCCGUGGACGCGGUCGCGGCCGUGGCAGGGGACGCGGGAGAGGUCGUGGGGCCAGGGGAGGCAAGUCCGAUGACAAGGAGUGGGUGCCAGUGACCAAGCUGGGCCGCCUAGUCAAGGACAUGAAGAUCAAGUCCCUGGAGGAGAUCUACCUGUACUCUCUCCCCAUCAAGGAGUCUGAGAUCAUUGACUUCUUCCUGGGGUCCUCACUGAAGGAUGAGGUGCUGAAGAUUAUGCCUGUCCAGAAACAGACCAGGGCUGGGCAGAGAACCAGGUUCAAGGCCUUUGUUGCCAUUGGUGACUACAACGGUCACGUGGGCCUGGGUGUGAAGUGCUCCAAGGAGGUGGCGACCGCUAUCCGUGGUGCCAUCAUCCUGGCCAAGCUUUCCAUCGUCCCUGUCCGCCGUGGUUACUGGGGCAACAAGAUCGGCAAGCCCCACACUGUUCCCUGCAAGGUGACAGGUCGCUGCGGUUCGGUCCUGGUGCGUCUGAUCCCGGCGCCCCGCGGUACCGGCAUCGUCUCGGCUCCCGUGCCCAAGAAGCUGCUGAUGAUGGCGGGAAUCGACGACUGCUACACCUCUGCUCGCGGCUGCACGGCCACGCUCGGCAACUUCGCCAAAGCCACCUUUGAUGCCAUCUCAAAGACCUACAGUUACCUGACCCCUGACCUCUGGAAGGAGACUGUGUUCACCAAGUCUCCAUACCAGGAGUUCACUGACCACCUGGCCAAGACUCACACCAGAGUGUCCAUGCAGAGGGCCCAGGCUGCAGUGCCAGCCACUUCGUAGAUUCUUUUUUCUACACAAAAGGGUUGAAUAAAACUUUGAAACUUCAA